AUGAUAUACCGUCUCCUCCUUGGGUUCUUCGCCAGCGUUGGUCUCAGUAAAGCCAGUUGGAGCCCGCUCUCGUCCCCACUGGGACCAGUUGUUGAUCUGGGAUAUGCUGCAUACGUGGGUAAUGCUACCUCUCCCACCGGCGUUUCCAACUCCUCGGUCACCUUCUUUGGUGGCAUUCCCUAUGUUGAACCUCCUCUGGGAGAUUUACGUUUCCGUGCUCCGAAGCAACUCGACGAGAGAUACAAUUCGAGUAGAGUCGUCUCCGAUGCAAGGAACUGGGGCCCCACAUGCGUCCAGCAACCGGCCGUCGAAGGGGUGGGAGUAGAAGAUUGUCUCAGCCUUAACAUAUGGAAGCCCAGCAAGGCGAAACCUGGUGACAAACUGCCAGUAGUAAUCUAUAUACAUGGCGGAGGAUUCUUCUUCGGCAGUUCCCCACAGUUCCCAAUGUACGAUUGGGUUGCCCAGAACCAGCAAGUAGUCGCUGUAUCAAUGAACUAUCGCCUUCAUCUUUUCGGAUUCCUUGAUGGGCUCGCCUUGAGGGCUGACGGAACCCCUAACGCUGGAUUAUUGGAUCAGCGCGCCGCUAUCGAAUGGGUUCGCCGCCACAUCUCGGCAUUUGGUGGAGAUCCAAAAAAGCUCACGAUUGCAGGAGAGUCGGCUGGAGGUGCAUCGGUGGUCUUGCAAGCUACAGCAUAUGGUGGUACUCGCUCCGCGCCAUUCAAGCGCGCCAUUGCGCAGUCUAUCGGACUUUAUCCACUCCCUUUGGAUUCCGAAAUUGAGCAAGUAUUUAACAAUGUCACCACCGCCGCAGGAUGCCCCAGUGGUGGCGCCGAGGCAAUGGCAUGUCUACGAUCCGCACCCUUGUCCACUUUGAUCAAAUCUAUCAACAAUGUUCGCACCAACUUUCUAGCUCCUACAAUCGACGGACCUCGCGGAUUCAUCCCCGAUCUUCCCUCAAAAUUGAUUACAGCUAGAAAGUUUAGUCCUGGACUCGAUCUCAUUGCGGGCCAUUGUACCAAUGAUGGACAAAACUUUGCUGGUGGUAAUCCUGCGAACCUCAAGUCGGAUGCGGACGUGGUUGCUACAAUCCUGAAGCGGUACAGACACAUGAAGGUUCUGGAACUCUACCCUAGCCCCAACGUGACUGGCUCCCCGUUCGCGACCCAGUAUGACAGAACCUGGACUAUCAUGCAAGAUACAAUCUUUGGUUGCAUGGAUCAACACUGGGCGAACGCGACAAUAUCUCGAGGUGGAAAGAAUGUGUACUCCUACCGAUUCAACGUGCCAAAUCCCGUCACCCGCGCUGCAAAUCCGUUCAUGGGCGCAAUGCAUGCUUCGGAUGUUUACUACAUGUUCAAUGGAGCUACAGGAACUACGCCAUUCUUUGCGCCGUUUAACGUCACUGAGAAACCAGUGGCUGAAGAGAUUUUAGGCUACUGGACUUCCUUCUCACAACUUGGUGAUCCAUCUGCACGUAAGAUGCCCUUUUCCCCUAAAUGGCCGAGCUUUUCCGGUGCAAGGAGGGUGGUCAUGAGCGAAGACCUUAACGGUAAUGGCGCUUCUACAGCGAGCUUUGUGGAAGUAGUACCCUUGGCAGAGUCCACUCGGUGUCGCUGGUGGAUGGGCCAAAAUGAGACGAGGGUUUAG